GGGCCCGCCUCCGCGCCCUGGGCGGGUGUGCGGCGUGACCGUGACGGGAGGGGGCUGCGCGCGGCCGGAAGUGCCCCGCGGCGGGAGCGCGCAGCGGAACCCCAAUGCACGGGAGCCCCUCUGGGAGGGGAGGCGCCCCGAGCCGCGGCGGAGCGGGGCCAGGAGCCGGGUGUCCGCCCCAGGCCGCCUUUGGAGAGGUCCUUGGCUGGAAAUCCCUCCCCUGGCAGCUCUUAAAUUAGCUGUUUGUUGGCACUUGACAACUGUAGAUAACCAAGACGAUGGCUGCCAGCAAGAACAAGAACCAGAGUUCUAUGGCCCUGCACAAAGUAAUCAUGGUUGGCAGUGGAGGCGUGGGCAAAUCAGCACUUACACUUCAGUUCAUGUAUGAUGAGUUUGUAGAAGACUAUGAACCUACGAAGGCUGACAGUUAUAGAAAGAAAGUAGUUCUGGAUGGGGAUGAAUUCCAGAUAGACAUUCUGGAUACAGCGGGACAGGAGGAUUAUGCAGCUAUUCGAGACAACUACUUCCGCAGUGGGGAGGGAUUUCUCCUUGUCUUCUCAAUAACCGAAUACGAAUCCUUUACAGCAACAGCAGAGUUAAGGGAACAGAUCCUGCGUGUGAAGGCUGAAGAGGACAAAAUCCCGUUGCUUGUGGUGGGAAAUAAAUCUGACCUGGAAGAGCGGAGGCAGGUGCCUGUAGAGGAGGCCAGAAGUAAAGCAGAGGAGUGGGGUGUGCAGUAUGUAGAAACUUCUGCCAAAACUAGAGCAAAUGUAGAUAAGGUAUUCUUUGAUCUAAUGAGGGAAAUCAGAGCAAAGAAAAUGUCAGAAAACAAAGACAAGAAUGGGAAGAAAAGUGGCAAGAGCAAGAAAAGUUUUAAAGAAAGAUGUUGUUUACUGUGAUCCUUAGGACCUGUAAAUAUCUACAGAUGGAACAAAUAAGACUUGCUACUAAGGAUAUAGGGCUGGAUUCAUGAAAGGAAGUUUGUAUUGACUUUCUAUGCUAUUUUUAUUCACUUACCGCCUUUUUAAAAUGAAAAAAAUUAAUUUGUGAACCAUUAGUCAACAGAAAUUUGAGCCCAUGUACACUGAAAUGGGCUCACCUUGCCAGCAACUUUCAAAGCUAGAAUUUUACCAGCAAAUAUGGUUCUUUGGGCAUUUUUAUUUCUGUCUGAUUGCAGGAAAUAAUCCCAUGUCAUGUCAAGUAGCUUCUUGAUGUCUUUUCAGAUCUGAUCUCUCCCUCCCCCAACCUGUAUUAGCCUCACCAAACAUCUCUGGCUGUCUUUUUAAGUUCAGCCACAUUUUUCAGUGUCUGUGCACUCGCUGACUUUAAGUCAUUUUUGUAUUAAUAAUAAUUAUAGACAAACCAAUACCUGGCAAGACUUUGAGGUUCUCACAGUCUUUAAGUGGCUGUUGAUAUUUUCUCAGACUAUCAGAAGUCUACUUGAAUGCCAACAUUUGAAGAUUUGGGAGUUGUCAUUCAAAAGCAAAUUAGCUGUGUCUGUUUGAUUAUGAGUCAAUGCAGUAUUCAUGAAUUGAGCCUACUGACUGAAAUCGGACUUUGUUUGGUAAUGUAACAUUUAGUAUUUAAAUACUGGUUAGUUGUCUUCCCAAUUGACUCGUUUCCUCUCAUGUUUUUUUUUAAAAAAACAGAACAAAACAAAAAGCAAUUAUUUGUUGGGUGGGUAAGUGACCUAAAACAAUAGUGUUUAUUUUUUUUUAGAAAGGAAACAAAUUGGCACUGAUUUAAAAAAACAAACCCGAAAAUUUGUAGCAUUCUGUAUUGAGGCUAGACUCAUACAGUCGCUUCUAUUUCAUCUGCUCUUUACUCCCCUUUCCCUCAAAAUCAUUAUCUUAACUGUUUAAAGUGCAGAUUGUCUAUUUUGUUACAUUGUAAUACAUGUAUUCAUGUCAUGGAGAUGUGAAAACUACUGCAUCUCUGCUUUCUGUUUUGUUUAAGAGAAACUUUUUUUUUCUUUUUCGGAAAGGACAUAGGCCACCGAUCACAAAACUGUGCAAGUGGAACCAGUGUGAGGCUUUUAUGCUACCUCGCAAUUCGACACAGUUACUUGGCUAGUAAGUAAGUUGCUAAAUGUCAGAAACAAAGCUGAAAUGAAGUUAGGCAACUGUCCUAUAUUAUGUUACUUGCCGUUAAUUUUUACUGUACUGUUCUUCUGCACAUUUAUCUAAAAUAUGAAGACAUUUUUGCUGAGUUUCGCUGUUAAAGCUGCAGUUGAAGUUAGUCCUAAAUGAUCAGCUACAUUAGAAUAGAAACAGGGGAAAUAUAUGGGAAACAUAUUUAGCAGUUCUUGUCUCUGUGUCAGAUGUAUUUCACUUAAAUACCUUUUGCAACUUAAUGGUGUCAAUCAAGUUCUGUUGCCAAAAAUAUGUAUUUCCAUCUCGUUGCUGUAGCAGAGAUUGUCAACCUUUAUAAUUACCCUGCUUCUGGAAUACAUUUUGUACAGUUUCCCAAUGAAUCAUAGAAAAACUCCUGUUUGAAUUUUAAAAAAGUAGACAAAUAUAUUAUCUGAAAACCAAUCAUUUUUCAACUUGUCAUCUGAUUUGUGACUUCAUAUACAGCUACAAUGAGAAAGGAGUAAGAUGUGGAAAGGAGCAGUGUAGUGAAGGGUAUCUAAGCACUAAACAAACUAGUAUCGUUUCAGGCAGGAAGGGCUUAAUUCAAAAUUUAAUCAAGUAUCUAGGCUUGGCAGAAUUUGAUUCUUUUUUUAUAAUUUUGACAUAUCAAUUAUUUUUAAGCAUUUUUUAUUUAUUUUAAAUGUUCACAGUUGCUGGAAUUUAUGGGGAGCGGGUCAGGCACUAAUUAUUUAGUGACACUGAGAUUCAAAAAAGUUAGUUUUUUAACCAGACACAAAUUGUCAACAUCACAUGUUAAAAUUUACAAAAUAAAUAUCCUUAUGUCACAUUCUGAUAAGUUCUCAAGCAGCAUUUUUCUUUGUCUGCCUCUCUGUAGAUUUUGAUGAUCAUCAAUGGAAAUAUUUUUUCAUUUGUUUGUGCUUGUGUCGUGACAUCAACACUUACCAAUAAAAAUCUAAUUCUUCCAAGCCUGAACAUAGCUAACAUCUAGGAUUACUGAAACCUGUUCUUAUUAUCAGAUUUGCUAGAUUGCUGCUCUUGUGCAUUCCACUUGGAGAUUUGAAAAGGAAAAUAAAGUUCAAUAUGGAGUGGACCUUAUGAGACUGAGGUCUUGCGUGGACUUCUGCGUUUCCUAUCCCAUUAAUUCAUUGUCGUCCACAUCUUGAUUUUACUAUUUGUCAAGCGACAUAUCGGCGUGGGAGAAUCAUGUAUUAAAUCAAGGGUGCUGUAAUCUGUUUUAUUGUCAGGUUAAAUUCCUGUAUAGUUCUAGGCAGGCCAUUUUUUCUACCCAUAAAAGUUUGAAAAUGUUAGCCUUUAGAACUGGACAGUAAGGGUCAGAAUGGCACUACAAAGCUAGCUUGAUUAUAGAGCAUAGAAACAUGAAAAUGUAGGAGCCAUUUGGCUCUUAAAAUAUCUGUAAACAAGGUUAUUGUUUUUUUUAUCUAAACCCUGUGCAAGAGCACUGGGUGUAGUUAGAUGUUAUAUAACUUAAAGGGAUGCAGUUGGGUGAGAUGUUAUAACACGUUUCUUUACAGUGUCACUCAUAGUGUGUUAAAUGCUUAAACUUUUCAUUUCUAAUAGUCUGACUUUUUCAUUGACUGUCCACUCUUUGCAUUUCUUGAUCUGAAAAAUGAAUAUAGUCUAGUCAGUUUUACUUCUGUUUAUAGUCUCUCUAUACAAGUCCCUUUCAAAUUCUCAUGGGUAAGCACAAUGCUUCAGUGUUUGUACUGAAAAUAUAGCAUGUAAAGCUUCAUUCUUGGAAGAAACUGUUCUCACUGGAGUUUUAGAAAGAUUGAUGGGAACACAGGUAUUGGUAAGUUGUUUAAGUAACGUAUGUAUUUUUGGUCCAAAUCUCUCUUCCUAACCUCACUUUAAAAUCUUACAUUCUUACAAGUCUAAGUGCAACUAUCAUGCUGACCUCUGGUUUUCUUUAAUAGCAUCGAGAGGAGAAACAAGCACAUAAAAUAUGCCUAAAUCAAGGUUUACUGGAGUGUAAGAUUUAAUUAGAAAGUGAUUCAAGUUGCUCACAAAUCAGAGUGCACUCGGCAAGGGUCUCAAACAGGCAGCUCACUUAGAACUGAUGUAGAAACGAGUAUGUAUGUUGAGCUAAUACCCAAAGAUCCCAUUAAUCUUUUUAGAAAUUUUGCAGUAUUUGAUAAGAGAGAGUUUUAAAAACAAAACAGAUGAGUUGUUCUUGCACAAGGCAUACCAGUGUGUUGUAAUCCCCCAUCAGACUUACUGGAGAGAGAGUAGCACUUAUUCUUAACGUAGAAUGAGGACGCUGACUCUCAACAGUAGUAAGAAAUGAUUUUGUCCUUUUGAGUUAGAUUUGCUUCUGAGGAAGAUGCUUAGCAGGUUUAUGUUCUUUACUCGUUAACGCUUUUUUCUAAACAUCACAGCAUUUGCAUCAGUGGGGCAGAAGGCUUAAGAGCACAUUCUGUUAGAGCUUUCAGUGUGUUCUCUCUUUUCCAAAACCGAAAAGUCACUUAAGAACUUGACACGGCAGCUUUUCAGUUUUAGCUGUCAGUUAUGACAAAUGCAGAAAAGAAAACUUUCGUGGAAGUCUCUUAGUUCAGUGGCUGUGAACAAGGUAGCUACCUUGAUUCAAACAAAAUUACAUAAGUGAGCAACAUUUCUCUUUGGAAAUACUUGUGUGAAGAACUACUAGUCUGAUUUUAAUAUACCAAGCAAUAAAGUGUACCCCUGGCCUGGAAGUUGCAUGGAGGUGAUGCAUUCAACCCCUUGUCUUGGGACGUGCCUUACACUUCAGCUGUUCUCUGCCUUCCCAAGCAGAGGGAGUACCAGAGUGGCCUCAAAGUGAUUUCCAGUUCUGCUUGGCUGGAGGUACAUUAGCUCUACAGAGGAUUGUUGAGACUUCAGUAGUAAUUAAGGGGUGGAGGAAAGAAAUAUGGCUUCUUGUCGUGGGGCUUUAAGAAGGGGCUGAAGGAAACUUUAAUUUCUGAACUGUUCCAAGUUUAGAUGAGCAAUCAUAAUUCAAGUGUGGAAAGUGAAGAGAACUUGGUAGGCUAGCAAACAAGUGUAUCCUCCUACCCGUGUGAAUUAAAGCAAUUGAAGGUUAUACACCUGCAGGUUUUGAAGGUCAGGUUAAAGCAGGGUUGGGAUCACAGGAAAAAACUCUCCCAUCAGAUUAGAAUGGCAGAGCUUUCCAAUGAUUAUCUGCACUCCUUAAAAUAUGGAUGCAUAGAACAAGUAUUUGUGAAAUCGAUGGAAGCCUGAUAGUCAUGCAGGAGAAGAAUGCCAGAAGAACUUGAGUAUAUUACUAUUGCAAAAUGUGAUUUUAAAUAUUAAAAUUGGGGGGUAACUGGAUGGCAUGGGAAUGGGGUUACACAAUCUCUUUCCUUUGCUGAUGGUCCCAAUAUAGUCCACUUCAGUAGAGAGUGUGGUUACACUCUGAAGGCUGUCUACCAUGUCAGAGGUUUCAUUUCUAGUCUGUGUAGACAGUUAUCCACAGGGCAACCUACCAGCACCCUUGGAUCCUGUCUCUGAAAGGUGCCAAGGAUUAAAUGUAUGUGGAAACUGACCUGACCUCUCAUCCUUGGAGGGGAUCUCUCCAGGUCAGGUUGAUACAUUGAUAAAACAGUGUGGAGAGAAGCUUUCACUGUUGCUAUCCAUUACAUACUUGUUCUGUGGAGGGAUGUAUAUUGGAUAUGUUAAUCUAACAUCUGAGAGCACCCUGGACAAAUUCACGUGAGGUUUGUUUGAGUCUGUGGGAAGAAGCACACCUACAUAUUUACUGGGCAUUAUAUGUUGAUAUGACUUCAAUGGCAGCCAAUAAAAGUUCCCAUUCUACCCUGUAAAGUUGUUUGCUAUGCAUUUUAGAAUAGAAUCAAAAUAACCUUGGGUAUUAAAAUUGCAAAACAUGAAUCUUCUUUCAAAUGUAAUAGAGGGUAAUUCCUUGUCAUACCAAACUACACAACACACCAUCAUGUUAAAUCCAUUUUAAAAAGAAAGUUAAACAAAAUUAUGAGUUAGUGGUUUUGAGAAAAGCCAACAGAAUUACAAUGCCUAACUUCCUCCUACCCUCCCUGAAUGGCUAUCCAACACAUUAAAGUGGUGAGGAAAGUGGUUUUAUAAUAGCAAUUGACAUAUGGGACUUGAUUCUGUUACAUAGGUUGUCUAGGCUUUUAAAUCAAGGUUCAGGCCUAUGGUUCAUUCUAAUAGCACUUCCACUGUAAUCUUCAGACUGCACAGGAAUAGCAGGAGUUAAUUUUGGGAUGAAAAAGGAAAGUGAAUGUCCUUUUCAGUGGAGCCCCAAGAACUAUGUUUACCAUAAUGAAGUGAUACUAAUGACAGGAAGGAUUAAAAAGAAAUUGCCUUUUUAAAGUAUGUAUGUUGUGCUACACAGUGUAAGUUCUACUUUUCUUCUGUAGAUCAAGAAAAGCUUUGCUCUCAAAUGUUGCACAAACAUUUCUUGUUCAUAAAAAUGUAUUUUAGCCAUUUUGUAUUCAUUAUCCUGCUAAUCCACCUGAUUUGUAUUACUAUUGUUAAUAAAAAAGAGAGAAAUAGGUACAAUACUCUGUA